AUGUACGCACCAUCUACAUCGAGAGGAAUCAGUAUUGAACGCAAAGUUAUUGUUGCUUUAAGAUUUUUUGCUGCUGGAAGUUAUCAGAUGGAUGUUGGUGAAAAUCGACAUUCAUCUGUAUUUCAACCUUCAGUUAGCAGAAUUAUUGAAGAAGUGUCAAAUGCGUUUUCUAAUCUGGUUAUAUUUAAUCAAUUUGUUAAUUUUCCAAGCAAUUUCAAUGAGCUUGAUAGUGUGCGUACAAGUUUCUUUGCCAAGUAUGGCUUACAAGGAGUUGUUGGUGUUAUUAAUUGCACUCAUAUUGCUAUAACACCACCAAAGAAAAAUGAUGAGUUAUAUCCAGAGCAUAUCUAUGUCAAUCGUAAGGGCUAUCAUUCAAUUAACACUCAACUCGUUAGUAUUAUUAAAAAUAUAACAUUAAAUUCUUAA